AUGUCUACCCCAUCCGCAUCCCAAAGUGCUGUGCUCAAAGUCAUCUCACUGGGCAAACUAAUGUCCAGUCCAGCCUCCGUCGCUGCCGAGCUACUAGCUGCUUGCACUGAGACAGGGUUCUUCUAUCUUGACUGCACAGACUGGGAAAAUGGCUCUCUAUCAUCCAGUCAGAUCCAACACUUGUUCCAAAUCUCCAAGACACUCUACGAUCUCCCUCAGCAGCAGAAGAGUGCAUGGGCAGCCGACCAUAAUCAUGCAGAAGAAAUGAUUGUGGGGUACAAGGCGGCAGGGGUCGGCUCGGGGCCCGUUGAAGGGCUAAAGGAUGGGUUUGAAGGGUUCAUGAUUUUUGAGCACCCUCUGCGGAAUAUAGCGGAUCCUACCACAAUGGCCGCUCCAGGCCCACUGCAAACAAAUGGUGACUUUAUGCAAACCAAUAUAAAUGCACUUCGCGACAUUAGCCACGCCAUCCUGGACAGCCUGUCGCAAUCUCUUGGCUUGACGGGGAAAUCCCACCUCGCAUCCACCCACCGAGCGGGCGAAGCCUCAACGACAGCGCUCGGGCUCCUGAAAUAUCUCCCCUAUGGCACAGCUACCGAUGUUGGGGUGGGUCACAUUGCGCAUACUGACGCGGGGAGCUUGUCGUUUGUGUUCACCGAUGUGGCGGGGCUGCAAGUCGCAAUGCCAGGAACGGACGAGUGGACGUAUAUUCUGCCUCGCGAUAGCCAUGCGAUUGUUAACGUAGGAGACUCGCUGCACUUUCUUUCCCAAGGUAGACUGAAGUCGAGUUUGCACCGUGUGGUUCCACAUCCGGAUGCUCUCAACCGUAUCAAGUAUACCAUCGUCUAUCUAGUGCGCCCGGAGACAGAUGCAGUGUUCAUUGAUGGCGAUGGGAAAGAGGUGAAGAGCAAGGAUUGGUAUCUAAAGAAAUUUGAGGCUUUCGGAAAGGGAGAGGUGGAUCAGAGCCACAGUUCUUUGUUGACUGGACGGAAUAAUUAUGAUGGACGCUGGAAUCCGUUGACUGCAGCUGCGACGGUGUAG